AUGUGUGAUAAUUAUAUAAUCGGCAAGAUUUGGAGUGCUCAUGAUCUGCCCAACGGUUCCUUACUGGCUCUGGCAGCUGGCCUUGGCCAUACCCAUCUAGUACAAGUCUUCCUUAGUGCCGGAAUACACGUGGAUGACGGUGGAGGAUUCGGAUACACGCCACUUCAAGUAGCAGUGCAUCAAGGAAAAGAUAAAAUGGUGGAAACCCUGUUGAAAGUGCAGCCUGAAGGUCCAGAUGUCAAUGCUGUUGAUAAGGAUGGUGUCACUUCACUUCACCUAGCAGCGCGAAACGGCUCUGUGUAUUCCGCCAAGGUCCUGAUUGAUGCUGGGGCUGAUCUUAACGCUCGGGACAGCAGCAUGAGAACACCUCUCCAUGUCUCAGUUUUGGGCAAGUCAACAAAUAUAAUGAAGCUCCUUAUGGAUGCUGGUUGUGACGUGAAAGCCAUCAAUGACAGAGGCUUCUCUGUUCUACAUAUCGCAGCACUUUCUGGAAACGAGAAGGCUGUCCAGGAACUGCGCAUGGCAGGAAUCGAGACAGAUGAAAAAGAUUCUAUGGGACUCAUGCCAGAAGAUGUAGCAGAUCGAUUAAGUUAUGGUGAUUAUGAGGCUGAGGGGCAAAAGACACUGAAGUGGGCUAAGAUGGAAGGAAUGGCAUUCAUGCUGGAAGCCAAUGUCCCUAAGAACCGUGACCCUCACUAUCAAGAUGAAGCAGGCUUUACAGCAUUGCACUGGGCGGCACAACUUGGCCGAACCUCAACCCAGGAGGACCACUCGCCGGUCGAACUUUACUGGAAACUUCUCAUCACCAUUAGCACCAGCGAUGAUGUAGGAGAGGCAGGAAAAUUGUUGUCUUCAGGAGCACCACUGCACGCUACCAAAGACCUCCACACUGACGCGAUGGUCCUUGCCAUCACCUGUAAUAGGCCUCGUAUAGUGACUCUCUUGGCGGCAGCAGGGGCACCUCUCACCACAAUUAGUGGAAACCUUUCUCUGCUACAGCUUGCCUGGCUGAUCCCUGACGUCACUAUACGCGUGAAAAUCCUCAUCACAAGGAUUUUCCUGAACGUUCUAAAGGUUGAGCAGGAUCGUGUACGACCACAAGACUCGUUGUUGCGUAGUGGCAUCGGUCACCUGUUGGAUGGCCUCAGCAGCGACGCACCAGUCAACCAGUGAAACUUUACAACAAGAUGAAAGUGAUUGAUCCUCAAAAGACCCUCCGAUUCAACGACACAAAUGUGGCAAUCAAAGAAUUGCUCAUGGAGGAGAAUUUACGCAAAAAGUUAGAAAAUAUGGAGAAAUAUGUUGUUGACUUCAGCCAAGAAGAGGCAAAGGAAGUGAAGGAGGCCGUGUUGAAGGAAGUGGGCGCCUUGGUGGCUCAUGUGGCCAGCCAAAACAGUCUCUAUAAUGGUCGACUCGUCCUGGUUGGCAGUUCAGCAGAUAACAGCCGCCUUUACGCUCCAGACGAGUUUGACAUAAACCUAGUGGUGUCAGGGGUCGAGGGUGUCGAGGUGAGGAUGGAAGAGCUAGCUUUCCACGAGGCAAUUCUUGAGGGUCACCCUCUAAGGGCAUGAGUGAGAGCAAAUCACUCCGGCCUCCAGGGAAUCGUCUUCAAGAACAACUUGUACUACUUGAUGAAGAGCUGCCUGAUGACGCGCCGCACCUGUGACUCUAGACUUAGUUACGUCCCCCCAGGACUGGAGAGGACGCAGGCAGAAGUGGCACUGAGGUUUGCGUGGCAAGGAGAGACGUUUCCGCUGCUACUGGUUAGUGUUGACGUAGUACCGGUGCUUGGUGUCCCCUGGCCGGCCUGGGUGGAGCGGCCGCCCCUCACUCCAGACUCCAUGUCGGAGGUUUUCCUCACCAAUACUGCGGAAGAUGAAUGGCGACUCAGUCUGGCGGGUGCCGAGGCAGAGGUGUUGAGUGGUCUAGACUGGGAGGACCGAGUGGUGUACGUAUCAUGUAAGUUGGUUAUUUCUUACCUGAAGGCGGAGCGGUGGAUGCCCAAGCCCAUCAAGGACUCUUUCUGUUGGUGGGACUCCCGUAAAUGGAGGAUCACGGUGCCUGCCGUGUUUGGCGUCAAGAACUGCUUCUUGAGGAUACUGGAAUCCAAACAAGAGGAAGUUUGAAUGGCCGCGAGACAGACAGGCAGCUGUCGCCGCUAUUCUUAAGGGAAUGUGUGCGGACUUUAAGGAUCCUACUAAUGGCCAUGAGUUCCUUGUCCCCAGAAAAGUUCAUGCUUACUUUGGGGGAGCGUUUGAGAAACCAAAGUUGGGCGAGGGCGCUCCAGCGAUCAUCAAAGUUCUUGAGAAGAGUAGCGUUAGCGGCUGGCUUGAAGAACUAUAGUGAAGACACACACACACACACACACACACACACACACAGAGAGAGAGAGAGAGAGAGAGAGAGAGAGAGAGAGAGAGAGAGAGAGAGAGAGAGAGAGAGAGAGAGAGAGAGAAAGAGAUUUCUGAAUAUAGAAUAGUAUUCUUUUUCCUGUGCAGACAGAAUCCGUUGUAAGCCUCCAUGACUCUUAUGCUUCAUUCUUACGCACAUCAGCCGAAGGUAUUUCUCACAAGAAAAUAACAUACUUGAAAUUACAUGUGUCAUAUUGAAUAAAACCUACCUGUCUAAAAUUAAGCAUUUGAGUCUCUAUUUAGUUCUUGUACUAUACUUGUAUACUUAUGUUGCCGCUCCAUUGUGCCUCCUUUUUUUUUUUUUAUUUAUACCAUGUGGACUUUUCACGGGAAUUUCUGGGCUAAAGGGGAUACUUUUUGGGGUAUCUCCUAUUUCAAAGCCCACCCGCUAGGAAACCGU